AUGAAAAAACGUGACAGUGGCAAUGCAUUUGGUAUCUCCGAACGGAUAUGUGAUUUACCGACUGAGAGGCAAGCGUGCGCCAUGACAGAGCAGGCUUUUUUCAAUGGACGCUGCCAGGUCUGGCCGCCCAGGUAUACAACGUCUGUUGAUUUUCUCGGCGCAGUUGUACCGGCACCAAUCAGAGAUCAAAUUUGGAACUUGAAACCGGUGAACUGCAUUAGGUGA